AUCUGCUUGACGAGCAUCGCCCGCUUGAGCCAGUAUCUCGAUUCGGCAACUCGACCCGUCGCCCCGUUACCAAUGCCGCUGUUCGUGGUGCAUUUUGCGCAUUUCCAUCUCGAUUUCCGCCUGGCGGAGCUGGAGGCCCUUGCCACCUUGGAGAACGUUCGUCUGAGCUACGAUCCGCGAGACUAUCUUGCAUCCUCGCCUUUCCUCAAGAUCGAGCUGGACUCUGUGGAUGAUGCCCGGAAGCUGAUCCAGCGCUCGAUUCUCAUCAAGGAUAUCGUGGAGCUCUGGGGCGCUGCCGAAUCGCUCGAUCAACUGAUCGAGCUUGUCAAAGCGGACCCUGAUCGAUGGGGGAAUUAUAUGGAUGUCUCCUUCAAAUUCAAUGUCGAGACUUUCGGCGUCACUCUCCCAAUGAAGGUGCAGGUGGAGCGGAUCAACCGCUUUGCUUUCUUGGACUUCCGCGGCCCGAUCGAUCUCAAGACCCCAGAUGUCACAUUUGCAUACUACGAAGACUAUGGCGACAACUCCCUGCAUGGCAUUCCGUCUCCCGAGGCACCCCUGAUGACCUAUUUUGGCGUCCUGGUGUCAUCGGGCAACCGUUCACUGGUCUCCAAAUACGACCUGAAGAAGCGCGAGUAUCUGGGCAUCACCUCGAUGGAUGCCGAGCUGUCCUUGGUCAUGGCCAACCAAGCCCAGGUCAAGCCCGGAAGCUUCGUUCUGGAUCCGUUUGUGGGGACUGGAAGCUUCCUGUUCACCUGUGCCCACUUUGGGGCCUUCACAAUGGGUGCUGAUAUUGACGGCCGUCAGAUCCGCGGCAAGGAUGACAAGAGCAUAUCCUCGAAUGUUCGGCAGUACAAUCUCGAGGGACGGGUUCUCGACAAUAUCGUGACGGAUAUGGCACACCAUCCGUGGCGCCAGGCUGAGUUUUGGGAUGCCAUUGUGUGCGAUCCUCCAUACGGCGUUCGGGCUGGUGCCAAGAAGAUUGGACACAACUCCAAGGUCAAGCCGACGGCUGAUGCCAUCAAAGCGAAUGGCGAGCCGCGGUAUCCACAAACAGUUCCAUACGAGAUGCAUCAUGUGCUGGAGGACCUGGUCGAGUUCUCAGCGAAAUUCCUGAGACCCGGAGGUCGGCUCGUCUACUGGCUGCCCACAGUGACAAGCGAAUACAAGCCUGAGGAUGUUCCGCAGCACCCUCAGUUCCGAUUGAUCGCCAACAGCGAGCAAAACUUUGGCAAAUGGGCUCGCCGGCUCAUCACCAUGGAGAAGAUCGGAAGCACGGAGAACGCGGGUGAAGGCUCUGCCGAUGGCGACGCUACGGCGCAGCUUCCGGCACAUGCUGGCUUCCGUGGCAAGUACUUUGCCCCGAAAGAUUCGAGGCAGUAGCCGCAUGAUGUUCUUGGGCGGGCGCCAGCCGGCUCAUGCAGCAAACAGCACGUCCGGUGCAUCCAGCCUCCCGACAACACUGGCCGUCCGGAGCGAUGCUCCAUCAACAUGGACUGGCUACAGCGUUCCAGGAAUGAAACGGGACACCUCGUUUUGAGCCAGGACUGUAGUUUUUCUGGGAACUGAAUACACCCGCUCAUUGCCAUCAUGGCCAAACAA